ACAUAUUUCUGCGUGAAAUACAAUGUGUGUGAAUAGGUAUAGGUAUAUGUAUGUGUAAUUAUUUUAAUUGUUUAAUUAAAGACAUCAAAGUGUGUGACGGACAGAGCAAAGGCGGAAGAGGCGCGGCUUAGUGACGAACGGGAUGUUUUGCUAACAGAUAGCUAGCAGGCUAGCUUUUUAAUCCCUGGCUUGUUUAUCAAAACAAUCUCGCCGAUUUAAUGAGAUAUUGUUUGUUUCAAUGCAGUCUAUGAUGUCAGCGUGAAUGUUCUCUGAUAAACAGAAACAAGAAGACAUGAAUGGAAGUACCAACCCGUUGCUGGACAAAGAGGAGCAUGUUUUGAAGCUGGGAGAAAGCUUCGAGAAGAGGCCCAAAUCCUCCUUCCACACUAUUAGAUAUGAUUUCAAGCCAGCUUCCAUCGACACAAGCUGUGAAGGAGAGCUACAUGUUGGCAAAGGAGAUGAAGUCACCAUCACACUGCCACACAUUCCGGGUUCCACGCCUCCAAUGACAGUGUUCAAAGGGAACAAGCGACAGUACCAGAAGGACUGUGUGCUCAUCAUUAACCAUGACACUGGAGGGUUUGUCUUGGAGAAGCUGAGCAGCAGCAUCCAGGUGAAGAAAACCAGAGCAGAGGGAAGCAGCAAGAUUCAGGCUCGCAUCGAGCAGCAGGCGGUCCGCACCAACCAGCCUGGCCCUCAGUUUCGGGCCCCCACGAAGCCUGGCGUCGCCGUGAAGACGUCACCGUCUCCCUCCAAGGACAACCCCUCCCCUGAGCCGCAGCUUGAUGACAUCAAGAGAGAGCUACGAGCGGAAGUCGAUGUCAUCGAGCAGAUGAGCAGCAGCAGUGGCAGCAGCUCGUCCGACUCGGCCAAUGGCGACGACAGCAGUGACGGCGAGCAUGACGGUCCCACCUCGCCCAACUGCCACGCCCUCACCAAUGGAGGCGGCGGCCUAGAGCGGCAGCCGCCUGGCAACAACCAGCUCAUGAACACGCUCAGAAGUGACCUUCAGCUCAGCGAGUCGGGCAGCGACAGUGAUGACGACUGAGAUGUACCAUCCCUUCUGUGGCUCCGCCCCCUACCGUACAUCCCCCCCGCUGAGGUCGCUUUGACGUUUCGUGUUAGUGGAUGCAGCCAGAGUGUAUUUUUAUGAUAAACAUUUUAUUUUGUAUAAAGAAGUUUCGAGUGGAGAAGCUGGAAGAUUGUAUAUAUUUAGAGGGAAGUGUUUUAUUUUCUCUACUUUUCUCUGAAGAGAUGACCCCUGACCCCUCCUCCUUCUUGUCUCC